CUCCUCUCCGCCGCAAACCCCGCGACCUCCAGCAGCCCGCCCCCGCGAGCCGGAUCCUGCCUGGCUGCUCCCGCCGCAACCUCCUCAGCCUUCCCGCUCUCCUAGGGCUCGCGCCACUACACCCCCCGGGUGUCUCCUCUCGGGCUUCCCGGUUCCCUCCUCCUCCCGCCCCCUCGGAGCCCCCUCCCCCGCCUUGGCCAGUCGGCAUGCAGGUGUCUAUCGCAUGUACCGAGCAGAACCUUCGCAGCCGGAGCAGUGAGGACCGUCUGUGUGGACCCCGGCCGGGCCCCGGGGGCGGUAAUGGCGGGCCGGUCGGCGGGGGGCAUGGGAAUCCUCCGGGGGCAGGAGGGUCGGGCCCCAAGGCCCGGGCUGCAGUGGUUCCCCGACCCCCAGCGCCCGCUGGGGUCCUCCGAGAGAGCACCGGCCGAGGCACUGGCAUGAAAUACAGGAACCUAGGAAAGUCUGGUCUUCGGGUAUCCUGCCUUGGCCUAGGUACCUGGGUCACAUUUGGUUCUCAGAUCUCAGAUGAGACAGCAGAGGAUGUGCUGACAGUAGCCUAUGAGCAUGGCGUAAACUUGUUUGACACCACCGAAGUGUAUGCAGCGGGAAAGGCUGAAAGAACCCUAGGCAACAUCCUCAAGAGCAAAGGUUGGAGGAGAUCAAGCUAUGUCAUCACCACCAAGAUUUUUGGGGGAGGACAGGCAGAAACUGAGCGAGGCUUGAGCCGCAAACACAUCAUUGAGGGCUUGCGAGGAUCCCUGGAACGCCUCCAGCUGGGAUAUGUGGACAUCAUCUUCGCCAAUCGCUCAGACCCCAACAGUCCCAUGGAGGAGAUUGUGCGAGCCAUGACCUAUGUCAUCAACCAGGGCCUGGCCCUAUACUGGGGGACAUCCCGAUGGGGGGCUGCAGAAAUCAUGGAGGCCUAUUCCAUGGCCAGGCAGUUCAACCUGAUCCCUCCAGUGUGUGAACAAGCUGAGCACCAUCUGUUUCAGAGACAGAAGGUGGAGAUGCAGCUGCCAGAGCUCUACCACAAGAUUGGUGUUGGCUCAGUCACCUGGUCCCCUCUGGCCUGUGGCCUCAUCACUAGCAAGUAUGAUGGGCGAGUCCCAGAUACCUGCAGGGUCAACAUCAAGGGCUACCAGUGGCACAAAGACAAAGUGCAGAGUGAGGAUGGCAAGAAGCAACAAGCCAAAGUCAUGGACCUUCUCCCCAUCGCUCACCAGCUGGGCUGCACCGUGGCGCAGCUUGCUAUUGCGUGGUGUCUCCGCAGUGAGGGUGUCAGCUCCGUCUUGCUGGGGGUGUCCAGUGCAGAGCAGCUGAUUGAACACCUGGGCGCCCUGCAGGUGCUAAGUCAGCUGACCCCGCAGACGGUGAUGGAGAUAGAAGGGCUCCUGGGCAACAAACCGCAUCUCAAGAAAUAGCGCGUCCGGGGCGCAGGGACCCAAACCGGAGACGCUGCACCCCCAGAACCGCUUCCCCGCCCCCGCCUCCCUCCCGCUCCGGAUCCCUCCACGCAGCGGCCGGAGCCAGGGAGGCCCCGCCCACUAACGAGUUCCGGCUACAGUAGCGAAAGCAUGAACAAAGCCAUAUCCUCCCGCAUUGGGGCUUGAGAGGGAAAGUAGUCCGCCGCCCCCUAUUGCGUUCUCCUAGGCCUCCCUGCUGAUACUGGGCAUGAGCUACUGGGCCGUCCCCUCUCUGCCACUUGGCCUCGCUCCCUUCUCUCUUCCCCUAAUCGCCGAGGCCCGGGGGGGGGAAAAAAAGGCAGAUACAAGACCCAUGCAGAGUACCUCAGAAGUGGCCCUUGAAAUGUCAUCAAGGGGUAACAACCUAAUAUGAAGUGAGUUUUGACGUCAUCUGGGACAAAGGAGAUGGGGCUCUUACAUUCGUUACAAAGGAAGCCAGGCUGGUCCUGGCAGGAAGUGAAUGAUAAUCUUUGGGAAACUAGGACCCUGCCUCAGCCAGGAGGUGGAGGAGGGCUUAAAACCACAAAGAGUGUUGAUACUUUGUUCUUGCCUGAGAGGGGUAGGGUGGGGAGUGCAGUGACAAAGCCCUGAUGAGGGAAAUUGAUGGCCGGUGUAUAGCCUGUCCUGGCACAAGUGGCCAGGGGAGCCCUUGGAAAGUACGGUUGGGCCGCACUUCGCAGGAAAAGGUGACAGCCCUUAGGUCACGGCAGAGAAAUGGGGCUGAUAUAAAAGGUCUGGGGAUAAACUUUUGAGCCUUGAGCAGGACUCCCUAGCUGGCAGUGGAGGACUCUAGUCUUCCUCCUGGCAAUAAUCUUAAAGCAAUAACGAUGGCCCCUCUUGUGUAAGACUUCCCAGGGAACUGUAAAUAAAAUCUCAGCUUGAUCAU